AUGAAUCUGCGGCAUCGUUACAUAUCCCGUUGGCUCUUUGAGAUGCCUAAAUCAAUUCAGCAAGUAUCGCCAUCACCGAUGACGAGGCCGAACUUUGCAAUCCAUAGAUCGCCGGCUGUUUCCUCAUUCACUUUCCAUCGUGCCUUUGGAUUCUCAACGUCGCAUACUCGUACCCUUCAAAGCCAAUCCCUACACUCUGCAGCAAUGCCCAAAGGGGAUCGGUUUAGAAAGUCUACCAUGUUCCGACGUUUCUUUGUUUCCUCCCGUCCGAACAGCACCGCGCAUUCCGGACAGCAACCUGGUUCGCUCUCCCAGCGGCUACGAAUGCUCUCAAAAGAGUACGGUUGGUCUGCGCUGUGGAUUUACCUGCUCUUGUCGGCGAUGGACUUCCCCUUCUGCUUUGCAGCUGUUCGCUUGCUCGGAGUAGAGCGAAUUGGUCACUAUGAGCAUGUUAUCUUAGAGUCGGCCAAGGCCGCAAUAAACACCGUCUGGCCUAGCUCAGGGCAUGUUGAACCAGGGUCUGGGGAGAGCAAGGAUUCGGUUUCUCAGGAAUAUGAGACAUCGGUGGAUGCGUCUGAGCAACAGGCAGCUGGGGAAGAAGCCAGCUUAUGGACACAACUUGCCCUCGCCUAUGCGAUUCAUAAGAGUUUCAUUUUUGUGCGCGUGCCACUGACUGCGGCUAUCACUCCAAAGGUUGUCAAGGUUCUGAGACAAUGGGGUUGGGACAUUGUCAGAGGCAAACCAAAGGGCUUGUAA